GGAUUUGCCAGUCUGUCUUUGGUGUUCAGUGCAAGCAAGCUAUGCGUCAGCUCCUGCUCCUCACCUGCCUCUCGGUCAUGGUCACCCCGGUGUCGCUAACAGCCCUAGACCCGUGCUCCGCCUACAUCAGCCUGAACGAGCCCUGGAGGAACACGGAGCACCGCUUGGAUGAGUCCCAGGAUCCGCCCCUGUGCGACAACCACAUGGAUGGGGAAUGGUACCGCUUCACGGGCAUGGCGGGCGACGCCAUGCCCACCUUCUGCAUCCCAGAAAACCACUGCGGGACCCACGCACCAGUCUGGAUGAACGGCAGCCACCCCCUGGAAGCCGAUGGCAUUGUGCAACGGCGGGCCUGUGCUAGCUUCAAGGGCAACUGCUGCCUGUGGAACACCACGCUGGAGGUCAAGGCUUGCCCCGGUGGCUACUACGUGUAUCGCCUGACCAAGCCCAGUGUCUGCUACCAUGUCUAUUGCGGCCACUUCUAUGACAUCUGCGAGGAGGACUGCCAUGGCAGCUGCGCGAACGCUGGACAGUGCACCUGCUCUCCAGGGACCAUGCUGGGCCCGGAUGGGCAGACCUGCUUGGAUGAAAAUGAGUGUGAGCAGAACAACGGGGGCUGCAGUGAGAUCUGUGUGAACCUCAAAAACUCCUAUCGCUGCGAGUGUGGGGUGGGCCGCGUGCUCAAGAGGGAUGGCAAGACUUGCGAAGACAUUGAAGGAUGCCACAACAACAACGGCGGCUGCAGCCAUUCCUGCAUCGGGCUGGAGAAGGGCUACCAGUGCGAGUGUCCCCGGGGCUUGGUGCUGGCUGAAGACAACCACACUUGCCAAGUCCCUGUGGUGUGUAAGUCAGACGCCAUCGAGGUCAGCGUCCCCCGUGAGCUGGUGGGUGGCCUGGAGCUCUUUCUGACCAACAGCUCCUGCCGAGGCGUGUCCAACGGCACCCACAUCAAUCUCCUCUUCUCUCUCAAGACCUGUGGCACCGUGGUUGAGGUGGUGAAUGACAAGAUUGUGGCCAGCAACCUGGUGACGGGGCUGCCCAAGCAGACGCCAGGCAGCAGCGGCGACAUCAUUCUCCGCACCAGCAAGCUGCUGAUCCCGGUCACCUGCGAGUUCCCGCGCCUGUACACCAUCUCCGAAGGCUACGUGCCCCACCUCCGCAACUCCCCGCUGGAGAUCGCGGGCCGCAACCACGGCGUCUUCCCCUUCACGCUCGAGAUCUUCAAGGACCGUGGGUUCGAGGAGCCCUACCGCGAGACCCUGCCCACCCUGAAGCUCCGCGACUCGCUCUACUUCGGCAUCGAGCCCCUGGUGCACGUCAGCGGCCUGCAGAGCCUGGUGGAGAGCUGCUUCGCUACGCCCACCGCCAAGAUAGACGAGAUCCUCAAGUACUACCUCAUCCGCGACGGCUGUGUCUCUGACGAUUCCGUAAAGCAAUACACAUCCCGGGAUCACCUAGCAAAGCACUUCCAGGUGCCCGUCUUCAAGUUUGUGGGCAAGGACCACAAGGAGGUGUUCCUGCACUGUCGGGUGCUGGUCUGUGGGGUGCUGGACGAGCAGUCCCGCUGUGCCCAGGGCUGCCACCGGCGCAUGCGGCGCAAGGCAGGGGAAGGAGGAGACACCCUGGGGCUACAGAGCCACGUGCUGACCGGCGGCCCCAUCAUCAUCGACUGGGAGAAGUAG